AUGGCUACAAAUGCGUCCGCAAGUAUCAACGUCAACGACCCCGGUCUCAUCACACUGGUGAACAAGCUUCAGGAUGUCUUCACCACAGUUGGCGUCCAAAACCCCAUCGAUCUCCCCCAAAUCGCCGUCGUAGGAUCGCAAUCAAGCGGAAAGAGCUCGGUCUUGGAAAACAUAGUGGGCAGGGACUUCCUGCCGCGAGGAACUGGUAUCGUGACAAGACGGCCGCUCAUCCUGCAACUCAUCAACCGAGCCCCUCUGCCCAAGCAAGAGAAUGGCGCAGCUGCCGAGGCUGUCGAUGGAGCCGCCGACAAGGAGUCCAACGUGGACGAGUGGGGCGAGUUCCUGCACAUUCCCGGCCAAAAAUUCUACGAUUUCAACAAGAUCCGCGAUGAGAUCGUGCGCGAAACCGAGUCCAAGACUGGUCGCAAUGCCGGCAUCUCACCUGCACCCAUCAACUUGCGCAUCUACUCGCCCAAUGUCUUGACCCUGACGCUGGUCGAUUUGCCCGGUCUCACAAAGGUGCCCGUGGGUGACCAGCCCCGCGACAUUGAGCGCCAGAUUCGCGAGAUGGUCCUCAAGCAGAUCAGCAAGCCCAACGCCAUCAUCCUCGCUGUCACUGCUGCCAACACCGAUCUGGCCAACUCGGACGGUCUUAAGCUGGCCCGUGAAGUCGACCCCGAAGGUCAGCGCACCAUUGGUGUUUUGACAAAGGUUGAUCUGAUGGACGACGGUACUGACGUCGUCGACAUUCUUGCUGGUAGAAUCAUUCCUCUGCGACUGGGCUACGUCCCUGUGGUCAACCGUGGCCAACGCGAUAUUGAGAACAAAAAGGCCAUUUCAUACGCUCUCGAGCACGAGCGCGCUUUCUUCGAAAACCACAAGGCCUACCGCAACAAGAGCAGCUACUGCGGUACUCCUUACCUUGCCCGCAAGCUGAACCUCAUUCUCAUGAUGCACAUCAAGCAGACACUUCCUGACAUCAAGGCCAGGAUCUCUGCCUCAUUGCAAAAGUACACGGCCGAACUCGGGACUCUCGGCGAUUCCAUCCUCGGCAACAGCGCAAACAUUGUCCUCAACAUCAUUACCGAGUUCUCCAACGAGUACAGAACCGUCCUCGAGGGAAACAACCAAGAGCUGUCCAGCAUCGAACUUUCUGGUGGUGCCAGAAUCUCUUUCGUCUUCCACGAGCUCUACGCCAACGGUGUCAAGGCUGUUGACCCCUUCGACCAGGUCAAAGAUAUUGACAUCCGUACCAUCCUCUACAACUCCUCUGGCUCUUCGCCCGCUCUGUUUGUCGGUACUACCGCAUUCGAGCUCAUCGUCAAGCAACAGAUCAAGAGGCUAGAAGAUCCCAGUUUGAAGUGUGUUUCUCUCGUCCACGACGAACUUGUGCGUAUUCUAGGUCAACUCUUGAACAAGCCUCUUUUCAGAAGAUAUCCUGGAUUGAAGGAGAAGCUCUACCAGACUGUCAUCACCUUCUUCAAGAAGUCCAUGGAGCCGUCCAACAAGCUCGUCAAGGACCUUGUUGCCAUGGAAGCCUGCUACGUCAACACCGGUCACCCUGACUUCCUCAACGGCCAUAGAGCUAUGGCUAUCGUCAACGAGCGUCGCCAUGCCGCCAGACCCACCCAAGUAGAUCCCAAGACUGGCAAGCCUCUGCCACCAUCUGCCGUGCCGCCGCGUGCUGCCAGCCCCUCAUUGUCUCUUGAUGGCAACGAGGCGUCGGGCGGUUUCUUUGGCAGUUUCUUCGCCAGCAAGAACAAGAAGAAGAUGGCUGCCAUGGAGGCACCCCCACCUACUCUCAAGGCCAGCGGUACACUCAGCGAGAAGGAGAGCGAAGAGGUGGAAGUCAUCAAGCUUCUGAUCACCAGCUACUUCAACAUUGUGCGCCGUACAAUGAUCGACAUGGUCCCCAAAGCCAUCAUGUUGACUCUGGUGCAGUUCUCAAAAGAAGAGAUGCAGCGCGAGCUUCUGGAACAAAUGUACCGCACACAAGAAUUCGACGACCUACUCAAAGAGAGCGACUACACCGUCCGCAGGCGCAAGGAGUGCCAGCAAAUGGUUGAGAGUUUGGGCAAGGCCAACGAGAUUGUCAGUCAGGUGCAGUAG